AAGGAGCACACGCUUCAUAAAACAUAAUCUGUGAAAAAACACGUGUUGAUACUCCGUGGACUGUGUGUAGUGAGUGAAGUGAAAUUUUGGAGGGAAAUUAUUAGAAAAUAUAAUAUUACAUAUUGUAACAGGAGGACAAUGGAACCCACUUCGGAUCGAAAUCUGUUCAUGACUACGCCGUUCGUGCUAACAAAGGAAAUUAACGUAACCUAACAUGACAACAUGACUAUCGAUAUAGUUUUGAAGGAAAAUUUCACUUUGGACUUUCGAGAGCUCUCUACAUCAAUGUAUCUAACUGAUACUUAUGUAAACCACUCACUUGAAAUAAAUGAAACGACUAACGACUUAAUUUAUUACAAUCAGUUUAAAGAUGACGCGUUUUUUGUAUUCCUCGCCGUGCUCAAAUGUAUUAUUAUGCUUUUCAUUAUCAUUGCUGCAAUUUUCGGAAACCUUCUCGUUAUUGUUUCUGUCAUGAGGCAUAGGAAGUUACGAGUGAUUACUAACUAUUUCGUUGUGUCGCUGGCGUUGGCUGAUAUGCUCGUAGCAAUAUGGGCUAUGUGCUUUAACUUCAGCGUAGAGAUAACGAAUGGGGAGUGGUUGUUUGGCUAUUUCAUGUGCGAUGUAUGGAAUUCCUUGGAUGUCUACUUUUCGUCUGCCUCCAUUCUACAUUUGUGCUGCAUUAGUGUGGACAGAUACUAUGCGAUAGUCCAGCCCUUGGACUAUCCUUUAAUAAUGACGACGAGUCGACUUGGAAUAAUGCUAGCCGUGGUGUGGUGCAGCCCUGCGCUGGUCUCAUUUCUCCCAAUAUUCAUGGGCUGGUACUCUACUUUGGACCACUUGGAGUUUCGGCGAAGGCACCCGAAGGUAUGCAGCUUCACAGUGAACAAGGUGUAUGCGGUGAUAUCGAGUAGCGUCAGUUUUUGGAUUCCGGGAGUCAUCAUGAUCUUUAUGUACUAUAGGAUCUAUGUUGAGGCCGACAGGCAGGAACGCAUGUUAUACAGGAGCAAAGUGGCAUCACUGCUCCUGGACAAGCACUUGCAGAUUAAUGGCAUCUCCGUGGGUGAUGUGAUGCGUGAACGUCAGAGCAUUCAGAUGCAACCAAUGGCCUGCAGUAAAAUGAAGAGAGAGCGGAAAGCAGCUCGAACAUUGGGGAUUAUAAUGUCUGCAUUCCUUGCUUGCUGGCUUCCAUUCUUUUUGUGGUACAUCAUAACUGCUCUAUGUGGCGAGGCAUGUCCGUCACCACCGCCAGUUGUAGCUGCGGUCUUCUGGGUGGGAUACUUCAACUCAGCCCUUAACCCUCUCAUAUAUGCCUAUUUUAACCGGGAUUUUCGAGCUGCCUUUAGGAAGACCUUGGACUCAUGUUGCAGAUCAUUAUGCGGUAACAUUGGGCGUCGUUACUGUGCUCAAAUGCAUCGGCGUGACCAUCAUCACUCAAACACGUCAGAUAUGCAUAUGAACAAUUGUGUCAAGUCUACUUCAGCGGAUAUUCUGAAGCAACCCACCUGCUCACGUAUAGAAGAGCCAACAGCUUAAAAUAAAUAAUCUAAGCCAAAGUAAAUUUAUAUAGAAUAGUAUUAUUUUUUGUAGUAUUAAUACAUUACUUACAAUACAAUAUAUUUACAUAUUUCUAUAGAAAAAUCUAACAAAAAUAGUGUUUGUUACAUUGUAAUUAAAAGCAAUAGAAAAACGUUACACACAAUAAUAAAAAGAUAUACAAUAAAAUUAGUAACUAAAUUUCGCCAGAAUUAUAUAAAAAUAUUUAAUCCAUGUUUCAGUUUUAAUCAAAAUAAAGAUAAUCUAAAAAUCUGGAAAGAUGGAACCAAAGAUGUGUCAAAUUAUUUAUGCAAUUGUAUAACGUAAAUUGUAACUAGCAUAUAUUCUUUAUUUGUCCUGAAACACUGAAUGGAUUUCGCUGAUGCAGUCUGUGUACUUGUAAUGUCACUGUUAAAGGGAUUCGUGUUUACAAAAUGACGUUUUAUGUAAACAAUUUCCUUAAAAAUCUGUGUGUGCAAGUGUGCGCUACUCUGACAUCUCUAAUUGGCGUAAGGGCCUAUCCGGUCGCCAAACUAAUAAAAAGUACAUU